GCGCCGCUUGGCCGAGGGGGGAGCGGGAAGCAGCCGCCGCCUCCUCCUUUUCCUCCUCCUCCUCCUCCUCCCUGCCGCUCCCAAGGCGCCGAGAGGGACGGCGAGGAAGAAGAGCUGGAGCCGGUGGCUGAAGGCAGCGGUUCCCGUCGCUCUGCGUUUCUCUGUCCCGCUGCCGGCGCAGGGAUUCAUUCAAUUUGUGACACAGAGGCAGCAGAAAUCGUUGUGGCAUGUGGUGACCAGUUAUUCCUGUCUACCUUUUUGGAAUGUUCCAUCUGAGCAACUGAAAUGAGGCUGAAGACUUCACUUUUAAAGGAACCAAAACAUAAAGAAUUAGUUAGCUGUGUGGGAUGGACUACAGCUGAUGAGCUAUAUUCCUGCAGUGAUGAUCACCAGAUUUUGAAAUGGAACCUUUUAACUAGUGAGACUACUCGAGUAGUGAAACUUCCAGAUGAGAUUUAUCCCAUAGAUCUUCACUGGUUUCCCAGAAGUAUAGGUGGGAAGAGGCAGUCCCAUGCUGAGAGCUUUGUUCUAACAAGUUCAGAUGGGAAGUUCCACUUGAUUUCAAAAUUAGGGAGGGUGGAGAAAAGUGUGGAAGCACACUGUGGAGCUGUGCUUGCAGGAAGGUGGAAUCAUGAAGGAGCAGCCCUGGUUACAGCUGGUGAAGAUGGCCAAGUGAAAAUCUGGUCUAAAACUGGAAUGCUGAGAUCCACUUUAGCUCAGCAAGGAACACCAGUGUACUCAGUAGCAUGGGGACCUGAUUCUGAAAAAGUUCUCUACACUUCAGGGAAGCAUCUGACUAUUAAACCUCUUCAGCCCAAUGCCAAAGUUCUGCAGUGGAAAGCUCAUGAUGGACUUAUUUUAAAAACUGACUGGAACUCAGUUAAUAAUCUUAUUCUUUCUGCAGGUGAAGACUGUAAAUAUAAGGUUUGGGACAGUUAUGGACGCUUGCUGUACAGCUCCCAGCCCCAUGAGUACCCCAUAACAUCUGUUGCCUGGGCUGGGGAUGGAGAAUUCUUUGCUGUGGGAUCUUUCCACACUUUGCGUCUCUGUGAUAAAACUGGGUGGUCUUAUGCUUUGGAGAAGCCAAACACUGGCAGUAUAUUUAAUAUUGCCUGGUCUAUUGAUGGCACUCAGCUGGCUGGAGCGUGUGGAAAUGGACACGUCAUUUUUGCCCACGUCGUGGAGCAACGCUGGGAGUGGAAGAACUUUGAAAUAACCUUGAUUAAAAGGAGAACCAUGGAGGUGCACAACGUGCUCAAUGAUGCAGUGGAUCUGCUGGAAUUCCGUGACAGGGUGAUCAAAGCCUCCUUGAACUAUGGACAUUUGGUUGUUUCCACUUCUCUCCAGUGCUACGUCUUCUCUACAAAGAACUGGAAUACACCUCUGAUCUUUGACCUGAAGGAAGGAACAGUUAGUUUGAUUCUACAAGCAGAAAGGCAUUUUCUUCUUGUAGAUGGUGGAGGGCUCUAUUUAUAUUCAUAUGAAGGAAGAUUCAUUUCCUCUCCAAAGUUUCCAGGGAUGAGAACAGACAUUUUAAAUGCCCAGACAGUAUCUCUGAGCAAUGAUACAUUAGCAGUAAAAGACAAAGCUGAUGAAAAGGUUAUCUACAUUUUUGAAGCUUUAUCUGGAAAGCCUUUAGGUGAUGGGAAGCCUCUAACCCAUAAGGCAGAAAUAGUGGAGAUUGCAUUGGACCAGAAAGGACUUACAAGUGAGAGAAAAAUAGCUUUUAUUGAUAAGAACAGAGAUCUUUACAUCACUUCAGUGAAACGGUUUGGAAAAGAACAGAAGAUUGUCAAGUUAGGGACAAUGGUUCAAACUUUGGCUUGGAAUGACACAUCCAACAUUCUCUGUGGGAUUCAAGAUACCCAGUUUACUGUCUGGUACUACCCCAACACAGUCUAUGUAGAUAAAGAUCUUUUGCCAAAAACUCUGUAUGAAAAAGAUGCCAGUGAAUUUAGCAAAAAUCCCCAGAUUGUACAUUUUGUAGGAAAUCAAAUAACAAUUAGAAGAGCAGAUGGUUCACUUAUUCACCUCAAUAUUUCACCUUAUCCUGGGAUUCUCCAUGAGUAUGUUGGUAGUUCCAAAUGGGAAGAUGCUGUCAGAUUGUGUCGCUUUGUCAAGGAUCAAACUCUGUGGGCAUGUUUGGCUGCCAUGGCUGUUGCCAACAGAGACAUGGCCACAGCAGAAAUCGCCUACGCCUCCAUUGGUGAGAUUGACAAGGUUCAGUUUAUCAAUUCCAUCAAAGAGCUUCCAUCAAAAGAGUCCAGGAUGGCUCAGAUCCUGCUGUUCAAUGGGAACACCCAAGAAGCUGAAACGCUGCUCCUUCAAACAGGCCUGGUUUAUCAAGCCAUCCAAAUCAACAUUAACCUCUUCAAUUGGGAAAGGGCCCUAGAGCUAGCAGUAAAGCACAAGACCCACGUUGACACAGUCCUGGCUUACAGACAGAAGUUCCUAGAAGAUUUUAGUAAAAAGGAAACCAACAAAAGUUUUUUGCAGUAUGCAGAAGGUAUGGAAAUUGAUUGGAAUAAAAUCAAAGCCAAAACAGAGCUGGAAAUUGCUCAAGAAAGAGAACGAGGAGCAUCUGGUCCCUCAGUGAGAGCCAGUGUGACUGUGCAGCAGUAACUGUCCUUUUGGGCAUCUUAAAAAGUGCUUCUUGAACAUUUU